CAUAAACAUGUGUGUUGCAGACUCCUGUAGCUUUCUUCCAGAGGUUUCCUGCUCAGGUACAUUUCGAGUACUUGCAAAGGCGAAAAGGUGUUAAGCUGUAAACACUGUCGACUUUCACAUGAUAGCAUUUUACAAUGACCAACCCUGUAGUGAACAAUAAGCGCAUCAAGCAGAAAAGAAAUUGCCCUACUUCCCUACCUCAAAAUUCUUUUUCUAGUGUAUGCUUGCUGUUCUGCUUCGUUUCUGACUUAUUAGUUCGGAUCCAGGCCUUGAGUUUUAUCUUCGCAAACAGGCAUGCCUCCCAUGGUUGAAUCAGCAACAGGAUUUACUUUAGGAUGCGAUCACUGCGUCUCUGGCUCCCCCAAUGAGCAGGCAGCUUUCAAUUUUGAAGCUGCAUUCGGACAAAUGAAGUUGAAAGAAGGCCAAGGCCAGGAGAAAAGCAACGCCUGGGGAAGAGAUCAGAAGAGAGGAGAAUACAACACCAAAUCCCAUGUUGUGCUGACUACACACCCACGACGAGGGUCACCGAUUCAAAUCAAGUGGGGCGCCACAAGCCCUGCAGAGCGUGGGCCAAUCAUCGCUACCUUGAGCCAGCCUCGCUUGCGUAAUGCUAUCGGGACACACAACGGUUCGUACAGUGUGUAUCGGUCCAUCGCCGUGGCUGCUGGAAAGAUGGACCCCAUGUUCCGCCCGGAUCUUCACAACACGGCCCCCCCUGUUAUGAUUCCACCAAACCCUUCUUGGUUCGAUCCUACCAAGAUUGUAUCCAUGGACCCAUGGGGACACAUGAUUGUCGACUCAUACGGGUCGCACCUCAAGGAGGGAGUCGAUAUUCGCCCAACCAUUGCGAUCACAAAGGCGCACAUCCAGAUGUUGGAGCUGGUGGAGGCCAUGGAGAAGGGCAGGCUGCAGGCCGACGGCAACAUUUUGCAAUCCGAUGGAUCCUGUGUGGUGACCAAGGCAGCGAUCGAACAUGUUUGGUACCUUCCAGGCGUUGCCCAGAGGUUCAACAUCACUGAGGCAACCCUCCGACGAUGCAUGUUCGAGCAGACUGGUGGGAUGUUCCCCGAGCUCAUCACCAGAUCGGACUUGGAGGUCUUCCUUCCCCCCAUCGGAGGACUCACCGUCUACAUCUUCGGACCAGCAGAGUAUCUGCAAGAUCCUUCCAAGGUUUGCACUGUGAGGGUUCAUGAUGAGUGCAACGGGUCGGAUGUCUUUGGCUCCGAUAUCUGCACCUGCAGACCCUAUCUCGUGCAUGGGAUCGAGGAGUGCGUAAGAACCGCUCAGAAUGGUGGCGUCGGUGUCAUCGUGUACUUCAGAAAGGAGGGACGCUCUCUUGGCGAGGUUACCAAGUUCUUGGUUUACAAUGCCAGGAAGAGGCAAGAGGGUGGAGAUCGUGCAGAAACGUACUUCCAUCGCACUGCUUGUGUUGCUGGAGUGGAAGACAUGCGAUUCCAAGAACUCAUGCCGGAUGCCCUCCAUUGGCUUGGAAUCACCAAGAUCGAUAAGCUGAUCUCCAUGAGUGACAUGAAGUACAACGCUAUCACUGGGUCCGGCAUCAAGGUCUUGGAGAGAGUUCCUAUCCCCGACGACAUGAUUCCUGCGGAUGCUCACGUUGAGAUCGAUGCCAAGAUGUAUGCAGGAUAUUACGUUCCAGAAGAAAAGAGAGCCAUCAUCAACGACGAUUUUGUGAAGCAGAGCAAAGGCAGGGGACUGGAUGCAUAAAUCAAGAGCCAGUCAAUUUGCAGAUGCUGUUCUAGCCAACGUGUAAACUAAGAACUCAAAUAAAGUGAUUUGAACUCAC